AUGGUUCUGCGAUCGCUCAGCACAGCCCUCUUCCUGCUCUUUCUCCUUUCAGAGGUCUCUCUAGGAUCAUUGGAAGGACCACCCAGACAUGAGCAUGAGAUCCGUGACAUUCCCAGCGCCCUAACCAGCACUCAAACCGAGAAUGAAACCACACAAUAUCACUAUACCGACUCCUUCUCCUCCCUCCCGCCAUUAUGGCCACCACGACCAACACCACACAGCUCAACAACGACGACGACAUCAACAGAAUCCGAUCCAUACCCUCACACAGAUUCCUACACUCCCAGCAGCUGGAACUUCAGCACACCUAGCACCACUUGGAAUUGGACCAGCUACUCCGACACGUCCACCACUGCGCCCUCGAACUUCACGACACCUACUACCACUUGGAACUUUACGGUCCCCUAUACCACCUGGUCAAGCUACUCGGACACCUGGGGGGACCAUAACACCUACCCAACACCCAGCAGUCCUGUCACAGAUAAGACCACGACCAUCUUCGUGAUGAAAACCCUCACUUCCUUCACCACCACCGUCGUGUCCAGGACUGUCAAGCGGUCUACAAAACAGCCAAUCACAACAUCCAAUUCUUUUACAUUCAAGACCACCCCGUUUGUCAACCUGACGACGUUUACCUCCCCCAAGUGGACGACGGUGCCCAUUGCUUCGCUGACGGGAACGCCGUUUUGUUCGAACGCGGCGGACCCGCAAAAUGGAGUUGGAAAUCAUUGUGUUUGUGAAAAUGGGGAGACGCCUUGUGCUUAUACUACUGUUGGGUAG